AACGAGGAGUAGUAAUUUACUGCUCGCUGGUGGACACUUUGUUGGGGAGGUAGCGGUCGUGUUCGUGGCCAGGGUCAGGUGAAAACGGCUGCGCACCGUAUUUUUUGGUCAGGGUCAGGGUCAGGCUUCUUCUUCUGAGGCUUUCCCUUUCCUUUCGUAGUGCUCUCCACUCUCCAGUAACUCCAUUCUUCGCUGCUGAGGUUGAACUUGUGGUCUCUUCUUCAUCUCGUUAACCAAGCGCGUGACCGUGUGAUAAACAGGGCAGUUGCGCUGCGCACCUAGUGUUCGUCGAAAAGCCACAAAGGUGGUUGCAAGCAGCUCGCAAACCGUCGCCGUCAUCACCAUGAGGGAUUUCGCAUCCUGCCUCAGCCAAACGGGCGUCCAGGUCGCCCAUUCCUCUUCCUCGGGCGGCCAGAGCUUGGUGCAGUGCGCCUACUCCGCCCGUCUGCGCGGCAAAUCCUGCAGGGUCACCGUCACCUGGAGCAAGGUGGCCAUGGGGCAGGCUCUGGCCAUCGCGAUCGACGAUUCCUCCUCGGGCUGUUCCCUCUGCAAGACAGAGAUAAAGCCAUGGCUCUUCUCCAAGAUGAAAGGAUCCAAGGCUGUUCAGGUGGAUGGUGCUCAUCUGGACAUCCUAUGGGAUCUGUCCUCGGCCAAGUUUGCGGCCGGGCCGGAACCGCUCGAUGGGUUCUGUGUUGCUCUGGUCUUUGGUCGUGAAGCUGUCCUUGUGCUUGGAAACAUGCUCAGGCUAGGGGAUCACAAGGUGACCUUGGAUGCUUUACCUAAUUCAAAUGCAGUCAUGGUAGCCAGAAAGGAGCACAUUUACGGGAAGAAGGUGUAUUCGGCCAAGGCUCGGUUUUUAGACAGUGGUCAGCUUCAUCAUAUCAUCCUAGAGUGCGACAUGUCGGGGUCCAAGGAUCCAAGUCUAGAGAUCAGGAUUGGGAAGAAGAGAGUAUUGCAGGUGAAGAGACUCACAUGGAACUUUAGAGGAAACCAGACGGUGUUUGUCGAUGGACUGCCCAUAGAGGUGCUCUGGGAUGUACAUGACUGGCUAUUUGGUUCGUCGAACAGAUGUGCCGUGUUCUUGUUCCAGUCAGGCAAAUCCAUGGAGAAUUUUUUGUCGACCUCACGCUCGCAGGACAAAAAGGAGCAUGAAGCGCGUCGGUUUGGUUUCACUUUGAUACUUCAUGCAUGGAAGGUUGAGUAGGGUUUGAUGACAGAUGAAUGACUGAAUCUUAACAGUUGGAAUAUAGGUUCUACCAAGUCUAACAAAAAUCUUGUGCACGUAUUUAAUGUUUCUUGGUUGUCUUGCUCUUGUUCUAGUGGUGGUUAGCUUAGCAAGUUUUGUUUUUGGAGGAGCAAGUUGAGGUCAGAUGUAUCCAUAUAUGAUUUAUUUAUUUUUUCGAAGGGCCAGCGGCCGAAUUUUAUUAA